UUAUUAUGUUUUAUAGCCACCAAUUUCUAGCUUGUAAAACCAAACUUAUGGAAUUAAAUAGCGGCUAGGAAAUUAGUGGUCUAUUUGAAGUGUGAAGAAAGUAAUUCCUCAAGUGAAGUUCUGUGUGUCAUAUGUUUUUUUGUCUAUUUUAAUUCCUUGUUGUGUGUUUAGUAUUGAUUAUCUUAGAGCUUUAGUCAAGAGUUGAAACAAAAGAUUUAAGCAAAUGUGAUUAAUCUCAUAAGUAUAAACACAAUCUCCUAAUCUCAUCUUCAAGAGGAGAAACCCUAUUUCAAACUACCAAAGUCCAAGUUUCAAUAGAUUUAGCACUAGGCCCAGCCAAUAAUGAGAGUAAUCAAUCGAUCAGCCCUGACGAGUUUGGUAUUUUAAGAUUGUCAGUAAGAAACUGCAUCUAAGAGGAAACGUCCAAGCACUGACGGUCUCGUUCUUGGUUCAGUGGACUAAGUAUCUAACCACUCCUUACUUGUCUCUGUCCGUACUUAUAAUAAUAAUAGCCGUCUUCCUAACAUAAAAAGACUCCUUCCCUUGAAACUUACACGCUGAUGUAGCGAAAGCUUUAUAUAAUAAAACUGAAUACAAAGUUAAAAACUGUAUAUAAAAUAAAACUAUAAAACCUUAAAACAAUAAAGAUAAUUAUCUAAAUUUAAUAAAAUAAACAAUAAGAUAUUUGAAAAUAUUCCAAAAUACUUAUCCACGAUUACAUGAAUCACGAGAAAUCAUCAAAUUUGUAAUUUUUAGGGUUUUGUUGUUUUGUUUCUCUUGCCAAAGUUCAUUAGCUGCGAUUAUACAAUAUACUAUGGGGAUUCGGAUUCCUAUACUACUGGUUGGAGACGUGACUAGGCGCUAUCGAAUUACAUUCCGAGAACUGGUUAAAUAAGUAGUAUACCUUACUAUUCAAUUAGAAAACCUUUGCCUUUAGGAUAGUUGGAUAACAAUGUAUAUAACACUUCAGACUCUUUUUGGCAUCCACUUGUACAAUAGUUGUGGUACAUGCUACUAUAUGAGUUAAACAAUGAUGUAUAUACUUCAGACUUUUUUAGCAUCUACUGGUACACUAGUUGUGUUGUCUAUUCGUAAAGGACCCUUUUAAUUAAAAUACAUUCUGCAUAAGUUAUAAUAUGCAUGAGACUGAUGGUAGAAGCGUGCAAUUUCCUUCUCUUUUCAGUUUUUGUUUGGUUAUGAUCUUUUUCCACAAAUGUUUUUUUUUUGUUAUAAAAAUAGUCGUUAGGUAGUUCCCAAGUGAUCUCAUAUUCUCAUAUGCGCAGACAUAAUAUAAUAUUGAUAGAGGCUUUUCAAGUAAAUUUUUAUUAUAUAUUGUCAUAAGCUCUUGUGUCAGAACCACUAUAACAUUCCUUUCUGAUCAAAAUCUCAUCUCAGAAAACCUUUCUUAUAACUCAAGAAACCUAAAUAAACCUAUUCUAAAUGGCGACGAUGGGUCAACUAUGGGCUAACACAGGCUCUACUUUAGCAACCUUGAUGUUUACAUACACAAUCUUUAGACGAUGGUUCCCUCACGUAGGAGACCACUUGGAACCAUUCUUUCAAAGACUCUUCAGCCGUUUCUACCCUUACAUCCAAAUCAAGUUCCACGAAUACAGCGGAGAGCAUUUCAAACGAAGCGAGGUCUACUCAGGAAUCCAAAGCUACCUCAGCAAAGACUCCUCUCUUCGAGCCAAGAAGCUCAAAGCCAACACAACCAAAGGAAGCAAGUCUCUCGUCCUUAGCAUGGACGAUAGAGAAGAGAUAACCGACGAGUUCGAGAGCGUCACGGUUUGGUGGCAGUCCAAGAAAGUGAGGAACACUAGGCAAUCUUUCUCUUUCUACCCUGCAGCCGAUGAGAAGAGAUAUUACAUGUUGAAGUUCCAUAGACGUGACAGAGAAGUAAUCAUAGAGAGGUAUCUUGAGCAUGUUGUGAAGGAAGGGAAGAUGAUAGAUAUGAAGAACAGAGAGAGGAAGCUUUACUCGAAUACUCCGGGGCAGAACCAUAGGAACCAGACAAAGUGGAGUCAUGUAACGUUUGAGCAUCCUGCGAGUUUUGAUACUUUGGCUAUGGAGGAGAAGAAGAAGGAAGAGAUCAAGAGCGAUCUUAUUAAGUUUAGUAAGAGCAAGGAUUAUUACAAGAAGAUUGGGAAGGCGUGGAAGAGAGGGUAUCUUUUGUUUGGUCCACCAGGGACUGGUAAGUCUACCAUGAUAGCUGCCAUGGCGAACUUCUUGGAGUAUGAUGUCUAUGAUCUUGAGUUAACAACGGUUAUGGAUAACACACAGCUGAGGAGUUUAUUGAUUGAGACAUCGAGUAAAUCUAUUAUUGUGAUUGAAGAUAUUGAUUGUUCUCUUAACCUAACGGGACAGAGAAAGAAGAAGAAGGAAGAGGAAGAUGGAGAUGAGAAGAUGAUGAAAAGUGAAGGUGAGAAGAAAGAGAGCAAGGUUACAUUGUCAGGGCUAUUGAACUUCAUUGAUGGGUUAUGGUCAGCUUGUGGUGGAGAGAGGAUCAUUGUGUUUACUACAAACUUUGUGGACAAGCUAGAUCCUGCUUUGAUUAGGAAAGGAAGAAUGGAUAAGCAUAUAGAGAUGUCGUAUUGCGGGUUUGAAGCGUUUAAGGUGUUGGCCAAGAACUACUUGGAUGUGGAGGAGAGUGAAAUAUUUGAUGAGAUAAAGAGAUUGCUUGAGGUUGAAGGAAUCAAGAUGACACCGGCGGAUGUUGGGGAGAAUCUGUUGCCGAAGUCAGAAGGGGAAGAAGGGGAGACAUGUUUGAAGCGUUUGAUUGAAGCGUUGAAAGAGGCAAAAGAGGAAGCAAAGAAGAGGGUUGAGGAAGAGGUGAAGCAGAAGAAGGAAGAAGAGGAAGAGAAGAAGAGAAUAAAGGAAAAGAAAGCAGAGAUGAAGGCAAAGAAGGAUGAGAAGAAGAAAAAGAUUGAAGAAGAGCAAUGAAUUUUGAAGGAAAUCUAUAUAUGUUGCUUUUAUAUAGAGAUAAUCUACUAUAUUGUAUAAUCACUCUUAUAAAGCAUUUUAGUCUCUUCCAUCUUGAGCAUAUUCAGAACUUUGUUCAGCCAUGUCUACCCAAGACUAAUCUAUUACAGGGUUGGGGACAACGAGGGGAAUGUAGAUAUGAGAGAGCGAAGGAGGAGCUUUUCUGUUUCAAGGGAAUGGGACCAGAAGAGCUGAAACAGAAGCUUGAAGAAGAGACGGCUCGAAUUAUAUAUCAAGCUGUUCCAAGCACCCUUUAAACGGCAAGUUAUAUCCCCUUCGGUUGCAUCUCCCUCCCAACAAAGAGGGCCAAGACCAAAUACUUUUGGUUUCUGCUACUGUGUAUUUCGGUAAUAUGCUGUAGGACAACGACAACAACAACAA